GGAACUCAUCCAGGAACACAACUGUGAGAGGACAGCACCACACUGACAUACUGCAUUUUUCUCUCUGGAUUUUAAUCUUCUGUUUUCUUGUACAUGGAUUCUAGUGCCUGGAACAUGGCAUUUCUCUCAGACAAGGGUUAUUCCGGGAUUGAACUCCUAGACCUGCUCCUCGAGCCCCAUAAGGUCUCUCAUAUGGAGAGCAAUGGUGACCUCCCUGCGUGGUCAAUCACAGAUCAAAGCAGUCAGUGUCAUGCUGAAGGUGUUGUUGAUAGCUUCCUGGACUCCCUGCUGUCAGAGCCCUGCUCUCCUCUCUGGGUCCCUUCACCCUGUGACAGUGGCAUCAGUGACGACACCCCGUCAGACCACCUGGACAGCCCCCCACCACCCCCCACCAGCCCGCUCUUCGACUCCAUCUUCCUCCCUCAGCAUCCUCAUCUUCUUCCUCAGCCGGCCGCUCACGGCACAAACACAGAGCCGGAUAUCUCCAUUGAUCUGGCAGAUUGGGAGUCCUGUCUGUUCACUGACGGUCUGACAGACUCUCACUGCACGAGAACUCAACCAACCCCCGUUUACCAGCUCACUGUGAAAGACCUGCUGCUCUCCAACAUCGGAGAACCGACAAAACUCUCCGACCAGCAAUCCCAGCAAGAACUGAUGCUCAAUGAAGAUGAGAAGAAACUUCUAGCCAAGGAAGGAGUCAAUCUUCCCAGCCAACUGCCUCUAAACAAGUACGAAGAAAAGAUUCUGAAGAAGAUUCGAAGGAAAAUCCGGAACAAGCAGUCGGCACAGGAGAGCCGCAAGAAAAAGAAAGAAUAUAUAGAUGGACUGGAGAGCAGGAUGGCUGCAUGCAGUGCUCAGAAUAUGCAAUUACAGCAGAAAGUCAUCCUGCUGGAGAAGACCAACACGUCUCUGGUGGAGCAGUUACGUCGCCUGCAGUCUCUGGUGAUGAACGGCUCCUGCAAACCGGCUCAAACGGGAACCUGCAUCCUGGUGCUGGUCAUCUCUUUCUCUCUCAUUCUCAUCCCGAGUCUCCAGCCCAGGAGGGCCGCGGACCCCGGGGACUUCAGCACUGCCAAAGUUCAAGCCAGGUCACUGCGCUCCGUGAUGGAGGUGUACAGCAUUCAGCCGGGCUACUCAGUCAACAGGGAUGUGGAAGUGUCCUCGUCCCCUAACAGCAAGCUUCAACUCAGGCCUGAGUACGCCGACAUGAACCCUCUCCAUCACAACCACAGCUACAGAGACCGUGAGCACGACCACAGCGACCCCAUCACCGGCCACACUGCCUCACUGAGCUGGCUAACACAUCAGGAGAAAGACAGGAAGUGAUGUAACCGAAUGGCGC